UCGCGAUGUGUUCGCGCCGCCAUCUUGGUCAUUUGUCACAUGACUUAAGUCAUUAAUAUUCAGUUCCAAAAUGGCUUCCAAACUUUGUUUUACCGUAUGACAUAGGGAAAAUGUGUCUUUGUUAAAGGUCUAUCUUACUGAUACUUUAAUAUGCUUAUCUUAAGACUUGAAAAAAUAUGCCAAAUGAAAAGUUUUAUCAUUUUUAAAUAUUUUAAAUCAUUUUAAAUGCAAUCGUCUUAAAUAACUUGAAGUGAAUUCCGUUUGACCGUAUGACAUUUGACCACAUUAAUAGUCUAAAAGUUACCUAUUUUUGAAUUUUUCACACAAUUAUGAACAGUGAGGAGGACAAAUGAUGUGAGAUUAAAGCAUAUAUAUAAUUUUAAACCUAUUUUAUAUAAAUAUAUAAUAUUUACACGUCACUGACCCAUAUAUAUAAUAUUAUACACACACAAAUAUUAGGAAACAGUAAUAACAAAAAGAACACAUAUUUAUAUUCAUUUUAUGUUGCGUAAAUGGUGAACAACAAAUGACAAAAACAAUUAUUUAUAUUAAAUAUAUGCUGUGUGUGUGUGUGUGUGUGUGUGUGUGUGUGUGUGUGUGUGCGUGUGUGUGUUUGUGUGCGUGUGUGCGUGUGUGUGUGUGUGUAUCAGUCACUGUCUCCAUCCUCAGGAGGUGCCCGAAGUUCUUCUUCCGCUGCCUGAAAAAAUUAAACAUUAUAUUUACCAAUCACUUCAACGACUUUUUAAUUACUUUUAACUCCACUUUGUUUAUAAGUACCGGUACUAAGUAAAUAAAUCAAAAAAGUUGUUUUAUUCUAUAGAGAAUAGAGAGAGAGAGAGAGAGAGAGAGCUCUCAUUGAAUAAAACAACUUACAGGUGUCGCGACCAACUUGGCACGGUGAGGUGCAUGUUUGAGGGUUUCCCCUAUACAUGUAUCAAUUUCCUUUUCUGUGUGUUUCGGAAAUUGUUUGGCAAAAGCACCUAGAAGAGAGAAAAAAGGUAACAAAAUAAAUGUGAAAGUCUCAGGGCUCCAAACUAUGCUGAAAAGUUUUUACAAGAACAAUAGUCACAGCUCCACCGAACAAAAAAUAAGAACUGAUCAACUGAUUCAGCACCAUCGCCUCGGACAGCACCGGGGAACGGCACCAUGUGGAAAUAAUAUUGCUGAUGAUGCAAUUGCCCUGCUCCCUCCAAAAUGGAUACAAAUGCAUAUUCAACAAGCAGGUUAAAAUAAUCUAAAUAAAUAUAUGACGAUUAUCACUAUUGACAUAAAAUGUGAAAAUAAAUUAAAAGUGUUAGCCUACGCCAUAUUACAGUAAGUUAGCCUAUACAUGACUUGCAAAAUUGAGCAUUAUAAACAAUCAGACACGAAUCUGAUGAACUCAUGAUGCAAUGACCAAUCAUAUGAGUUUAGAUAAGAGUGAAGAAAAAAAACUGCUGGUUCGCGGGAGUUUUUUCCGCGUUCACGCCAGUGCCGCUCACCUCAGACAGAGACAGACACAAUCUGGAUUUCACCGAAUUCACUCGAGGAAAACUGUAAAUGUAAGUGAGAUAUUAAUUUAUAAUUCUAUUGUUUUUUUCAUGCUACUAAAAUAACGACUUGAUUUUGUAAUCGGAAAAACGAAUUAACUAAUUCAUAAAUGGUUCUUGUGAUAGUCUACAAUAAUUUGUAUUUAUUGUAAUAUUGCAAGUUUUUUUUUAAUUAAAUAUAAGCAUGGGCCUAUAUGGUGUAGCUUACAUUUAGAGUCCUGCACGGGUUCGGGUACCUGUAGGUUUUUGCUCAAACGGAUGAAAAAUAACCACCCGUGCCGGAUACGGGUGCAGGUCGGGGCGGACACGGGGGAAACACGGGUUUAAAACAAUCACAUGCAAACGUAAUGCAUAUUUUUAGGAACACAUCUACAAAAAUAUGCCUGUAUUUCAAGUUGAUAAAAUAAUUUUUAAUAAAAUAAUUUAAAAUCUAUAUCAGUUGAUUUGUGUCCACGCCCCACGCCCUCCCAGGAAUCUAUGACGUUACCUAUACUUCCACCUUUAAAAAUUCAUCAUAACCGCGCGCGCGAUCUGCUUGCAGUAAUCGAGAUGGAUGCUGAGGAGUUUAAGAAAAGAAUAGCUAGUGGAGGAGUUUGUAAAGUUGUCGACAAUACGUCAUCAAAAAUCAAGUCCAAUAUGUGGGAGAAUUUUGGAGUUAACUGAAGAAAAUAUUGUGAACCGCUUAUUUGCUGCUUGCAUUUUCGUGUUCGGAAAUGUGGAACUUCAUUGCUGAGGAAGCACAGAUAACUGGUUAAGUGAGGAAGCUCAUUAAAUAACUUCAUAUCUAUUUUCUCAGAAUAUUUUGUCACCUAUAUCACAAUGCAUCUGUUAUUUUCUUAUUUUUAAAAUUCUCAUAUUUACAUUUACAUUUAUUUGUUUAGUUUAUUUUAAUAAAGUUUUGACAUCCAAAAGUACACUUUAUUAGCAAUAUGAAUAAGUGAAUAAGUAAAACUAAAACCAUAUGAAACAUUUAUGAUUAUUAGUGAUGAAAACAGUUGUGCUUCUUCACAUUUUCAGGGUUAUUUGAUGAAUUAAAGAAAAAAAAGCAGCAUUUAUUUGAAAUGUAAAUCUUAACUCUCUUUUCUGUUCAAUUUAAUGUUACAAAUGUUAGUAUUGCAAUGGCACAUGGAGCAGGGUUAAUUGCUGACACGCAAGCAAAUGCGACAAUUUUAUUUACAACUGUUACUUCAAAUGAUUCAGAUGAUAUUAGAUACAAUGCCUGAAUUGUGAAUUGCCUACCCGGUUGUGCAUUAAACUGUAAUUUCUAUAAUUAUUAUUAUUAUUAUAAUUUUAUUUUGUUUGUGUGUUUUGUAUUUAUGUAUUUAUAGUUUGUUCUGAUUUUGUUAUGAAGGCUAUAAAGAAAACCAAUACAAAUUUAUUUUCAUGAACUAUUAAACAUGGACCUUUAUUUUCACCAAAAAGGCUUAUUUCUGCUUUUUUUCUGCUUAUUUAUAGGCUCUAUUUUUUAUUUAUUUUUUUUUUUUUCGUGCAAAGUUACAAAAACUGCCGUGCACACGUUUGCGUGAAAUGGGGUCUCGCGCCCACUGUGAUGAAUGCACCAUCGCGCUCGUGCGGAGGUUGAGGGACACGCGCGCGCUCACUGCCAAGACUGUGAGAAGGCGCGUUAAUUUUCAAAUAACGUAUAAUUUACCAUAAUGAUAUUAAUGGUAUUCAUGAUUUAUUUUAAAGUAGCUAAUGUUAACAUGAAAGACCCUAAAAAAUUAGUGGGCUUAUCUGAAAAGGAUAAGCUACUUCUUUAGACCAAAUGACGUCACGUAAACAUAACGGUAUUUAACGACAAAUAACAGCGAUGACAGUGCUGAAGAGUGGUAUAAAGUUAAAGAAAAAGACGGAAAAGCAGUUUGUCUGAGUAAAUGUGGUACAUUUAUUACUGGAAAAGACAGUCUGUCAAUUUUAUGACAAUUUAUUCAAUUUCUUGUGGAAACGGCCGUUUUACCAUGAGGAAAUUUCGCUCAAAAGCUACUGUCCUUAUAAUUCCAUAUUAUUAUUAUUAUUUAUAUCAUGUAACGUAUAUUAUAUGUCAUUUUGUUUUGUGUUUUUAAUUUAAAUAGAAUGGUUAAUUAAAAUAUUUACCUCAGAGAAACUGACAGUUGGGAUGUCCAGUUGGGAUGUCCACUGAGUGGGUGAGGUCACAGACCCCAGCUUAUAUACCCGCUGCCAGAUUUAGAAUUUGUGACCUAGGUGUUAUACGUUUUUUAUUUUAUAUAAAAAAACAUAUGUAUAUUUAUAUAAUUGUAUAUUGCGUUAUAAUACUAAUAAUUACGUUAAAUUAUGUAAAGGAUAAUGUGAAAAAAAUAAUAAUAAAGAAAAUAGCCAUUUCCGUCUCUAUGUAAGGUUAGAAUCCUGCGUCCAUAGCAACGCUUUGUUUUUCAUGGCAACGGUGUGUUAUACACAUGAUAUGUAAAAAUACACUCUAUGCACGAACUCUGCUUACGUAUUUCCGGUAGAAUCUCAGACCGGGUCUUUACUUCCGUUUAGCGCAUUCUACAACGAAGUGUACUACCGGCAAAACUCAUUCAUAAUUUUUCAUUCAUAAAACGGCGAUUUAUAAUUUAAGUAUUAUAUUAUAUUAUAUUAAUAUUAUAUUAUAUUAUAGUAUCAUAUAGUUAAGCAUUACUAAUGGCUUUCAGAAAGUUUAAAUAUCAACGUCGUGAGGACAGUAGUUCGACUGACCAUUGUUGUGUCCCGUUAUGUGUGGCCUCCUCAAAGUUCAACUCUGUACUAAGUUUCCACACUUUUCCUGUGGACGAAGAAAUACGCAGAAAGUGGAUUCACAGCAUUCGACGUGAGCGAUUUAACAUCACUUCUCAUACAAGGGUCUGCAGUCGUCACUUUAUAAGUGAAGACUUGAUCGAGCCAUCGACCCCUAAAGGGCGCCGCUUGCUGAGGAAGGGAGCUGUACCAACCUUAUUCCAGUGGAACGGCUACUCCGUUGCUGAACCAAGGCGCACCGGGGUAUGGCAAAGAAGGGAGGAUUACACUCCAGUGGAUGAGGAUCCUAUGCCAAUGGAUGCCCGGCAUCUGGAACAUGAUUAUUGUUCAGUUCCAGAACCCGCGGCAGUUGAUCAUGCACUGGAUCAAACUGAGGAUCUCCGUAAAGAGGUGGACCGACUAAGGAGACAGGUGGAGGAGUUGUCGGUCAGUCAAAGGUUUUGUUUGGGGCGAUUUGCUGCUUCCGACGAUGAUGUAAGGUUCUACACUAGGUUCGUGACUUACAGCCAUUUAAUGGCUUUCUGGAAACUCAUUGAGCCUGCAUCCCACAACAUGAUUCGUGUGUCAAGAGCAAGAGCAACUACUAUAAGGAGUGAAGCUGGAACAACAGGCAGUGCAUGGGGUCAGUCUCUGCAGCCCAUUGAUGAGUUCUUCCUCUUCAUGGUCCACCUCUCUGUUGGCUUAAAACAGCAGGAUCUGGCCCACAGAUUCAACAUCCAUCAGUCCACUGUUAGCCGAAUUAUUACAACCUGGGCCAAUUUUUUGUACACCAUUCUUGGGUCUGUCCGCAUCUGGAUGUCUGAGGAGGAAGUCAAGGCUCAUCUUCCCAAUGAGUUCCAGGACUACCCAGACACACAAGUGGUGAUCGACUGCACAGAGUUGCGUUGCCAAACUCCAUCCUCUCUCCUGCUUCAAAGUGAAGUCUUCUCCACUUACAAGUCCCACUGCACCUUCAAGGGAUUAAUCGGCAUGGCACCACAUGGUGCAAUCACCUUUGUUUCAUCCCUGUAUGCAGGUUCUGUCAGUGACAAAGAGCUUUUUAAGCAGUCUGGGAUUGUGUCGCUGUUGAAACAUGGAAUGGCGAUAAUGGUCGACAAAGGUUUUCUUGUUGAUGACUGUGUGCCAUGCAAAGUUUACAGACCUGCUUACCUGUCGAAGCGGGAACAGAUGUCAGCUGAUGAAGUGAGGGAGACACAGUCCAUUGCUCGGCUAAGGGUCCACGUUGAGCGUCUCAUCCGCAGGGUGAAGCAACACAAGCUGUUCGACACAGUCAUCCCUCUUUCCAUCACAGGGAGUAUCAACCAGCUGUACACUGUUGCUUGCCUCCUUGUUAAUUACCAAAAUGGCCCCUUAGUAAAAGCAUGGGCAAAGGAUUAAAGAUGAGAUAACAUUGGUUGGGGAUCGAAUUUGGAUUUAUUCUUGUUCAAAUAGUAACAUGUAAAUAUAUACAACUUUGAUCAUUUGCAUUGCAGUAAUGUAAACAUGUAAAUAUAAAUAACUUUUGUACAGUGAUGCCCGCAAUGCAGUAAUGUAAACAUGUAAAUAUAAAUAACUUUGAUAAACAUUUCCUGUACAGUGAUUUGGUGUUAAUAUAAAAAACUUU